AUGCUUAGUGCGCUUCUGGUGUUCUGUCUCGCGACCUGCGGGGUAAAGCUCGUGCUGGGCUGCCAGUUGCCCACUGAGUGGCGGCCUCUGAGCGAGGGGUGUCGAGCAGAGUUGGCAGAGAUCAUUGUAUAUGCCAAGGUACUGGCGAUUCAUGAAGAGCCAUACGCUUCCAGUCUAUACAACUACCUGCCGUACCAAUAUCAGGGAGCAGAGAACGGGUUACUUUACGCUGCAGAAAUUGAGUUGCUAUGCGACCAGGCUUGGGGCAGCAUGUUAGAGGUCCCGGCCGGUUCCCGGCUCAACCUCACAGGUCUCGGCUAUUUUGCGUGCCAGUCGCAUACGGUGAUGGAAAACUACUCCUACAUCUUUUUUCUCAGGAUGGAUGAAAACUACAAUAUCCUCCCUCAUGGUGUUAACUUCCAGGAUGCUAUUUUCCCAGACACGUUAGAGAACCGCCGCAUGUUCUCUAGUCUGUUCCAGUUUUCCAACUGUUCCCACAGCAACACCUUACACAGCUUCAACCCUGACUGGGAGAGUCAGGAAGACAGCAGGCUGUUGUGUUCGUCAGUUCAGCAGGUCCUGUUUGAAGAAGAGGAGCGUGUUCGUAGACUGGAGGAGCGUUUGGUUCAGAUGGAAAAGAGAAACAGACAGUUGAAAGACAGGGUAAGGAAGCUUAAGCGUUCUCUAAGGAAGGCUCGGAAAAUCUCGCGCAGGGCCGAACGGGAACGCCAGCAGCUGCAGGAGCGUCUGAGUGCUACAGAGAGACGCACGGGCCACCAUUUCAAUGCUAUUUCAUCUUCCCAAAACCCGCCCUCCCGCGGAUACACAUAUGGACUGUGA